AUGCCCUCGCCACUCGCACUCUCGCUCGCCGCACUCGCAACCGCAUCCCACCUCGCAGCAGCAUCGCCACUCGUCCCGCGCUCUCCUGCCCUCGACACCCGCGCAGACAGCACACAGCGGUCACACAUCACCGUCCCCAUCCGCAGACGCAAUCCCGACGCACUCGCGCGCCGCGACGCAGACUCGUUCCGUCGCAAGGCAGAGUCGCUCAGGGCAAAGUAUGGCGGGAUCGCGCCCAACAUGGUCAACGCCACGCCCGCAGAGCGCGAGAAGCGACAGAACUCGAUCCAGAUGACCAGCUACCAGGACUCCGAAUGGUACGGCGAGAUUGACGUCGGCACGCCCGCGUCAGGCUUCUCUGUCGUCCUCGACACGGGUUCGUCCGACCUGAUCCUCGCCGAGCCCAACUGCCAAGGGUGCAACUCUGCGACGCCCGGCUACUCCCCCUCUUCGUCCUCCACCUCGUCAACCUCUCAAAGCAACUUCCAGAUCACCUACGGAUCGGGCAGCGCGAGCGGCGCACUCGUCAAGGACAAAGUCAGCAUCGGCAACUACUCGCAGCCGAACCAGAUCUUUGCCGCGUGCGACUCGCUUCAGAACAUCGUCGAUGGCACGAUCAGCGGGAUCCUCGGACUCGGGUGGCAGCGCAUCGCGAGUUCGGGAGCUGAGCCGCUCGUCCAGUCGCUCGCGGCGAACGGGACUCUCCCGCAGAACGUCUUUGGCUUUGCCUUCCAGACCCACACGUUCACGACGCAGUCGUCGCCGACGGCGCCGGGCGGCGAGCUGACGAUCGGCGGGCUCGACACGAGCAAGUACUCUGGCUCGAUCAACUGGAUCAACAUCGCGCAGCCGCCGGGGUACUGGGCGAUCCCCUUGCAGGACAUCACGGUCGGGGGCAAGUCGCUCGGGAUCACGGACGACCAGGUCGUCAUCGACACGGGCACGACGCUCAUCGGCAUGCCCACCGCCCAGGCGGAGCAGAUCUACGCCCAGAUCCCCAAUUCGCAGCAGAUCAACCUCCAGGGACAGUCGGGGUACUACUCGUUCCCGUGCACCCAGAAGGUCGACGUCAGCUUCAAAUUUGGAGGCGUCGACUACCCGAUUCAGGAGAACCAGUUCAACGCGGGCGCCGUCGAUUCGCGAGGACAGUACUGCCUCGGCGCCGUCUUUGCGCUCGAGACGCAGUCGAGCAGCAUCUCGUUCAUCGUCGGAGACGCCUUCCUCACCGGCGUCUACAACGCCUACCGCUUCGACCCGCCCUCCGUCGGUUUCGCCACCCUCGGCUCUGGCGGCUCGUCCGCCUCGUCGGGCUCGAACGAGUCGUCCUCGUCUGGCUCGUCGUCGGGCGGUACGAGCGCCGCGUCGUCGAGUGCCGUGAAGAAGGGCAGCGCGGCGGUCGCGCUGGUCGCGGCUGUUGUGGCGGCGCUUCUCGCUUGA